AUGGCCGAUUCUGUCGCGACGCAGCUUAACACAAAUCCAAAGUGGAAGGAACAACUAAAGCUCCCAGCAAAAGAUGGCAGACCGCAGACGGAGGACGUUACCGCUACCAAAGGCCUAGAAUUCGAAGACUUCUAUAUCAAGCGAGAGUUAAUGAUGGGAAUUUUCGAGGCUGGGUUCGAAAAGCCAUCGCCCAUCCAAGAGGAAACGAUCCCGGUAGCCCUUACCGGGAGGGAUAUCCUCGCCAGAGCAAAGAAUGGCACAGGCAAAACAGCUGCUUUCGUCAUUCCUACACUCGAGCGCAUCAAUCCCAAAAGCACUAAAACACAGGCGCUUAUCCUCGUCCCAACACGAGAACUCGCACUACAAACUUCUCACGUCUGCAAAACCCUCGGGAAACACCUCGGGAUCAACGUCAUGGUAACUACCGGAGGUACCGGACUGAUGGACGAUAUUAUCAGACUCAAUGAUGCUGUCCACAUCCUUGUGGGAACGCCAGGCAGAGUCCUCGACCUAGCCAGUAAGGGUGUUGCGGACUUGUCUGAAUGCCCUACCUUCGUGAUGGACGAGGCGGACAAGUUGCUUUCUCCCGAAUUCACCCCUGUCAUUGAACAACUUCUCUCAUUUCACCCUAAAGACCGGCAAGUCAUGCUCUUCAGUGCUACGUUCCCAAUGAUUGUCAAGUCCUUCAAGGAUAGACACAUGCGCAACCCCUACGAGAUUAAUCUAAUGGACGAACUCACCCUUCGCGGUAUCACACAAUAUUAUGCAUUUGUGGAAGAGAAACAGAAAGUUCACUGUCUCAAUACACUUUUCUCAAAAUUACAGAUCAACCAGUCCAUUAUUUUCUGCAAUUCAACAAAUCGAGUGGAACUUCUGGCGAAAAAGAUUACAGAGCUCGGCUAUUCGUGUUUCUAUUCACAUGCCCGAAUGCUGCAACAACAUCGCAAUCGCGUGUUCCACGAUUUCCGGAAUGGCGUUUGCCGCAAUUUAGUGUGCUCCGACUUGCUAACCCGAGGUAUCGACAUUCAAGCUGUCAACGUGGUUAUCAACUUUGACUUUCCCAAAAAUGCCGAAACCUACCUACAUCGCAUUGGUCGGUCCGGUCGUUUUGGACAUCUGGGUUUAGCAAUCAACCUUAUUAAUUGGGAUGAUCGCUUCAACCUGUAUAAGAUUGAGCAGGAAUUAGGAACCGAGAUACAACCAAUUCCGCAGAAUAUCGAUAAGAAGCUUUAUGUGUACGAUUCUCCCGACACCAUUCCUCGGCCAAUCUCGAAUCCGCCUCAACAAUCCCAGGGUGCCACUGCAGCAUCAAACCCCAGUGACCGCCGUCAUAAUCACCACACGAACGGGGGACAUUAUCAGUCCAAGGGACGAGGUCCAUACCGAGGUGGACGUGGACAAGGCCAGCGUCGCAACAUGCAAAAUGAUGGGACUAAAUUCAACGCCGCGCAAGGACAAACCGGCGGGAAGGCUCAACCCCCGGCUCAGGUUUCGUAAACUGGAUGUCUAUAUUGAAAAUUCCAGUUUUUGUAAUCGCCUCCUUUUUUUUUCUUCUUCUCUGCUAUCUCCAUUCGUCUGAGAUACCGAAUCGAUUCACCAAGCUUCCAUACUCC